GCCCAGUACAGUCGCGGCUCCGCCUCACCAGCAGGGCGGGACGGUACCUGACGUAUGUCUGCGGAGCACCAAUGAGCCGCAGCCAAGCCUGCCGCCAGUGCCCUCGUGCCCGGAAGGGGUGGGGUGGCAGCUGCCCGGCCGGUGUGCGGCGUUUGCUAAGCGGCGGCCUCAGCUCCAGUUCGGCUCCUGCGGACGCAGUGCGGCCUCGGGGCCGCCGUCGCUGCUGAAAAUAUGUCGCCCGCUAUCGCGGCCAAAGAGGGCGGCCGGCAGCGUCGGGCCGGGAGCCACCAUCACCACCACUGCCUGGACGUGGCGAGUGAGGCGCCCCCCGCCCUGGCGCUCUGCGGGGAUGGGUUGCUGGGCGGUGAGGCAGAGGUGCUGCUGCCGCCGGAGCCGGACCGGAGGGUGCGGGGAUACCGGGCGGAGCUUGGCAGCAUCCUGCUGCUGCUGGUGCUGUAUGUGCUUCAGGGCAUCCCGCUGGGACUGGCAGGUAGCGUCCCUCUCAUCCUGCAGAGCAAGAGUGCCAGCUACACGGACCAGGCCUUCUUCAGUUUCGUGUUCUGGCCCUUCAGCCUCAAGCUGCUCUGGGCCCCCUUGGUGGACGCCGUCUAUUUGCGAGGCUUUGGCCGCCGCAAGUCCUGGCUGGUGCCCACGCAGUAUGUGCUGGGGCUCUUCAUGAUCUACAUGUCCACCCAGGUGGAUGUGCUGCUGGGCGACGGGGAGGGCCGGGGCCCCGACGUGGUUGCCCUUACUGUGGCUUUCUUCCUCUUCGAGUUCCUGGCGGCAACGCAAGACAUUGCGGUGGACGGCUGGGCCCUCACCAUGUUGUCCAGGGAAAACGUGGGCUACGCCUCCACCUGCAACUCAGUAGGCCAGACGGCUGGCUACUUCCUGGGCAACGUUCUCUUCCUGGCCCUUGAGUCGUCCUCCUUCUGCAACAAGUACCUGCGGUUCCAGCCCCAGCCUCGAGGGAUUGUUACUCUCUCAGAUUUCCUGUUUUUCUGGGGAGCUGUCUUUUUAAUUACCACGACACUGGUGGCUCUUUUGAAAAAGGAAAACAAGGAACUAAUACCAACAAAAGAAGAAACAAAAGGCAUUACUGAUACGUACAGGCUGCUAUUCUCAAUAAUCAAGAUGCCAGCAGUUCUAACUUUCUGUCUCUUGAUUCUCACAGCAAAAGUUGGAUUUUCAGCAGCAGAUGCUGUAACAGGACUCAAAUUGGUGGAAGAGGGAGUCCCGAAAGAGCACUUAGCUCUGCUAGCAGUUCCAAUGGUUCCAUUGCAGAUAAUAUUGCCUCUGAUUAUCAGCAAAUACACAGCAGGCCCCCAGCCACUGAACACAUUUUACAAAGCUAUGCCUUUCAGAUUACUUCUUGGUCUGGAAUUUGCUUUUUUGGUAUGGUGGACUCCUAAAGUAAAGCAUGAAGGAGGAUUUCCUAUUUACUACUAUGUUGUAGUAUUGUUGAGUUAUGCUUUACAUCAGAUUACUCUGUAUAGCAUGUAUGUUGCAAUAAUGGCUUUCAAUGCCAAAGUCAGCGAUCCACUGAUUGGAGGAACCUACAUGACACUCCUAAAUACUGUGUCAAAUCUUGGGGGGAACUGGCCUUCCACUGUUGCGCUCUGGCUUGUGGACCCGCUUACGGUGAAAGAGUGUGCAGGGGCCCAGGAACACACCUGUGGAACUACAGUUGCUGCAGAACUCUGCACAAAAGCCGGUGGUUCCUGUGUUACUACCUUGGAUGGUUACUAUGUGGAAUCCAUCAUCUGUGUCAUUCUGGGAUUUGGCUGGUGGUUUCUACUGGGCCCAAAAUUCAGAAAGCUGCAGGAUGAAGGACAGUCUUCAUGGAAGUGCAAGAGGAGCAAUUGAUGCAGUUUAAAUAUUGGAUGGACUAGCAAGGUCUUUUUAGUUUUAUUACAAAGACAUAUCCCAUAAUCAAUAAACAGGAAUAUAGGUAUUUUUAAAUGGCCCAUCACUGACAAAAGGGGUGGCUGAAGCGGUGGUAUGGUUACAUGUGAUACCGCUUGCCCUCCUAAUACGAAAAUGUAAGUUCAGAAAGUAAUUGUUAAAAAAAUGACACUUGCAUCCUACAUCCAUAUCCCUGAGCUCUAGCUUCAGUCAUAGCUGCUGGUCUAACGCCUGAAUUUUCAUAGGGUACCUAUGGAAAAGCUAAUUGUGCCAUGUCUGUCUGAACAGCAGCUUUGUCAGUUAAGUUAUGACUCUUCAAACAGCAAUGAUCUGACACAGGGCAUUGACCUGGGGAAGGACAUCAAGGGCAGUUUGACAUGUAGGUUAAGCGUUGUUGUACUACAGAAUUCCUUGCGGGAAGAUAAAAGUGAAAUGUCUGUGGGCUUUGUUUCUUCUCCCUUUCUGAACUGUAACCACACCUCAAAGGAUGAAAUCUUUCAGAGAUUCUUUUAAAUGUAUUUUCUGGCUUUUAUAAGCUUUAAAGAUUUAUAAGAAAAUAUUUUUAUAAACAAAUUACAUUUGUUUAAUUUAUUUCUGCUGUUUCAAAGCAUUUUGAUUUGCAUUCAGGUACUUUCUUGGAAAAAAAAAUGCUGUAAGGUAGGACUUGAAUAACGCACAAUAUUCUAAGCCUUGAGUUCUGAAGGUAUAGCCUGGAUAGCGUAGCAGGUAGCACACAAAAAAGCCCUUGGAAGGCAGCUGUUAUUAUGAGGGAAUGAAUCCAUAGUGUUGGUUCCUCUAUGUGACUAAAAUUCAAACAUUCAAUUUCAAAAUCAGUGGGAAAAAAUGGGACCCUUCCCAGCUAGUGGAAAGGAAAGGUGAUCAGUGCCUUUGAAAGUGAUUUGGUGACGACAAACCUGAAACACUCCCAGUGAGUUCGUGUAUGACUUGGUGUCACAUAAAUCAGAUGAGAUAAACCCUGCUACAGAAAUUUAUUACUGAUGCUGUGUGGUGGAAACAUUCCCAUUGCAUUUAUCAAAAGUUACUUCCCUCCUGAGUGCCUUAGUGAUGUACAGCAAGCACACUGUAUGCCUGGAGAGAGGGCACUUGGACACUGUUCCAUGCAUAUAGCACAUCAUUAUUAAAGAAGAAAACUAUUAAAAAUCCCUUUGAAAGGUACCUGA